GCUCUCACUAACCGGCCGCAAACUGUUUGCCCUACUUCAUUUCGUCGCUCCAACGGCGGCUGAUAACAUCGCAAUGGCAAAGCGUGCUGUCGCCGUUCUCAAGGCUGAGCCUGUUACUGGUGUCAUUUGGUUCACGCAAGAGGGUGAAUCCGUAAAAGUGACUGGCGAGAUCAAUGGGCUAACUCCCGGUCAACAUGGUUUCCACGUUCACGAGUUUGGAGACAACACGAAUGGUUGCACAUCCGCCGGACCUCACUUCAAUCCGACCAAAAAGACUCACGGAGGUCCGUCCGACGAGGAGCGUCACGUCGGUGAUCUAGGUAAUGUGGUGGCUGAUGCCAACGGUAGGGCUCUUGUUAAUUUUACCGACAAGCUAAUCGCCCUCGAUAAUGAGCACAAUAUCAUCGGACGCUCACUCGUUGUGCACGCCGAUCCUGACGAUCUCGGAAAGGGUGGACAUGAGUUGUCCUCAAGCACUGGAAAUGCUGGCGCACGGGUCGCCUGCGCCGUUAUUGGCCGCGCUGCACCCUUGUGACUUUUUAAACCAGCUUUGUAAACAACCCCAUACGCAAUAGUAGUCAGGCCACCAACAAUCAUUUUCGAUAGCUAGAAAAUACGUACAGCAAGAGAAAGAUGUUUCGUUCAGGGACAAGCCUCCAGUGUGCUCGAACAUACGCCAGAUGACUGAAAUGCGGCUGCGUUGAAAGGAUAGCUUUCGCAGAUCGACCGAAAUCAGGUGGACAUAAAGAAAGCAUAAACAAGAGAGAAGCUUACCAAAUAAAAUAAAAAUUUUCCGGGCAGAAACUGCUGCACUGAA